AUAUUAUUUGCCGGCAAUGAACCGGGUUAGGGUGUUGACCGUCUCACGAUUAUCUGCAGAACAUUUCCCUUAAUAUCCAGAGAUAUGGAUGAGUGGGAGCAGUAUUUUGCUGAGAACCCAGCACCCCGGGGCUAUGAUGUAAGCUGUGCUCAGCUAGAAGCCUUCUGUCAGCUGCAUGUCAACAGAAACCCUAUUGCCCUUGUAACUUCUGGGGGCACAACUGUUCCCUUUGAGAGGAACACUGUCAGGUAUGUUGACAACUUUAGUGCUGGGACUCGGGGAGCAGCGUCUACCGAGUACUUUUUAGCCCAUGGCUAUGCCGUUAUCUUCCUUCACCGUGAGAAGUCAGUUACUCCAUUCCUUCGUCACCUUGACCCCCGAUUUCUCUUAGAUGCUCUUCAAGAAGUGCCCGGAGGUCUGCUUCAGUUGUCAUCAGUACACUCAUCGCAGAAAGCACCGUGUAGAGCGAACCCAUUACAACAUGGAGAGGUUCACCCAAUCUGGCAAGAUUAUCAGCGUGUAAAAUCAGAAAGCCGCCUCCUCUGGCUGACUUUCCAGACACUUUCUGACUAUCUAUGGCUUCUGCGUGCAGCCACUCAGUGUCUGCAGCAGCGAGCACCAAAGGCCCUUCUGUAUCUUGCUGCGGCUGUGUCAGACUUCUACAUUCCACAGGAUAAAAUGGCUGAGCACAAAAUCCAGUCUGGGGCGGGUCCACUUACAGUUACUCUUCAUCUAGUCCCUAAGAUGUUAAGUCCUCUGGUGUCAGUGUGGGGCCCAGAACUGUUUGUUGUUUCUUUCAAAUUAGAAACAGAUGAAAAAAAGCUAAUUGAAAAAGCAACAGGGUCACUUAGAAAAUACAAACAUGAUCUGGUCAUCGGGAAUCUCCUGCAGACCCGUCGGGAAGAAGUGACAUUUGUGACGGAAAAAGAGAGUAGUCUUCUGAGGUUGAUGGAGCACCAGAAAGCAGAAAAAACUGAGAUAGAAAAAUUAAUUGUAGAGGAAGUGGUUACCAGGCAUAGAAACUUUAUUAAAUAUUAAGCCUUGUCAGCAGUCAUGGCCAGUCAUGAUGAGGACUCUUAAUCAUAAGUAUCUAUUUAAAUGAAAAAAAAAUUUUGGAAGACAAAAUGCAUAUCAGAAUUUUAGGUGAAACAAGAAAAUUUACAGAAUUUAAGUUGGUAAUAGAUAUUGUAAUUGAUUCUAGUGAUACAUCCAAUUUAUGUAACUCAAGCUUAAGAAAAAAUUCUAAAAUUAUAGAAACAUUAGCAACAGAACUAUAAUGUAUUUACUCAGCUAAAUUAAGGUGAGUAUUUGACUAAAAGUGAUCAUAAUAGAUAUAUAGUUUCAAAACAUUUUGAGAAUAAAAAUAACAUUGAUUUGUGAUAAGCAGAAGUAAAAAUCUUAGAUAAGAGUAAUACUUAAAAAAAUUAGGUUUAGAUGAAGGUCUUAUACAACAAAUGCAAGUAGGAAAUACAUAUUGUAUUAAUGAGUCAAGUCAUAAUGAAAAUUGAUAUAAUCUGUGAGUGCAUACUAGUGCUGCUAUUGCUUAUUCUACAGCAAUAUUAGGCAUAAUAUUGCUGUUUCUGCCUGCUGAAAUCUUUUAAAAAUGUAAUUAGUGGCUAGUGUGCAAACUUCACUGAGGAACUUAGUAUAAGCCCUGAAUUUUAUUACUGUGUAAUAUAUUAUGAUGAUAGGUCUCAUGUAAUCCAAAGCUUUUACUUAGAUUGUGGUGUAACUCAAGUGGAUUUUAUUAUUGUGUAAUGAUGGACCCAGGACUCUGAGCUGAUCAUCACUGUCGGAAGUGAUAAGCUUAAACUUUAACAUCAUUAGACUGGUUUGUUUCAGUCAUGCCCACGUCCAUGGAAACUUGGCUGUUGUAGAAGAGGUCUUUCCUCAUCCCUGGGUGGAUCUCUCUCUCCUGCAGCCCCGUUCACACUGAGGCCCCACUUGUGGUCUGGCACAAAUUCUCAUACACCAUUCUAUUUGUGAUGUUAUUCUUUUUUAGUUAGCAUGUAUCUAUUUUUUUAUCUUUUCUAUUUGCUCUAGUUGUCUGUCUGUCUGUUUGUCAUGCCAUGCCAUUCCCCUUUGCACUGACCCUUGCUUUAGUUAGGUAUUUUUUUUUUACUUCCCUUGGUUUUAGUUACCUAUCUCUAGCAUCUCCCAUUGUACUAGUUACCUGCAUAUCAGUUUUCUUUCCUCUUUUUACAUAUAUUUUUCCUUAGCUUUAAGUAUUUAUCUCUCAUCUCCACUUUCUUUAGCUGUACAGUAUAUCAUUUUCCCAUACUUUGGUUUGUCUAUUUUAUCAUUAUUCUUAUUUUAAUCAUUCAUUGUUAUUAUUGCCUUUGAUUUAUUUAUCCACCUUAAUCAGUGCCUCUUGCAUAAACAGUACCUUUCUUAUGUUGCUUUCUUCAAAAAGUUUAUUUCCUCUUGUACACGCUGUCUGUAGCAGCCAUAGUACUUCCCACAUAUUCUUUCUUUUUACUUUUGAACAGAUGGUGUCAUUCCCAUAUUUGUUAGCCAACCACAAUGCAGAAUUCUUCAUCAAACCUAUCAAGCUACCUGUAUACUGUACUUGUAGGUGAGGAUGGAAACAGUCAGUAGCUGAAAUACUGUAAGUGGGCAAUAUUUUGCAUAAGUUACCCAGCUCUGAAUUCAGUAAAUGGCAAUGUGAUAUAGAUGGAUUAAUAAUUUCUACAUUAUAAUAUGUGAGGGAACCUUGAGGUGUUCAUUAUUCUUUACGAUAGAACCUUCAGUUUAUGCAUUGCACUUCAUGAUGAUUUAUAAGAUUAUACAUUUUGUACCUUGUGAUGGUAUGUAAAGGCAUUGUGAUGUGUGAUGUAUCAGUGGGCACUCCCUCAUUUACCAGUUUACUCAGUUGGAUUUAUUAUAGAUUUAUCCCAAACCAGUCAAUGAACAAGUGACAAUCUGUAUUGUGUUUUGAACUGUAGAUUACAGGUGAUAAUCCACGAGUCCUGCUUCUCUCUAGGACACUGUGUAGCAAUGUAUAAUCCACUGUAUUUUGCAACAUUUUGUUAGACAAUCAUAGUAAACACCUCAAGAACACACAGUAGAAUGUUGUGUACUCUGCACCUCGUGGCUUGUGAGCAACAUCUUAGGAAUGCAGUUAUUUCAUUUAUUUAUUAUCAAUUUUGUAUGAUGUAUCACAACUUUUUUUUUGUUAAAUAUAUGACCAUAUUUGUUGUCCAGAGGGUCCAUUCUGUGGUGUACACUAAAACCUAGUGAGAAGUGAAUGCCAUUUUCAUUAAAUUCGUUGGGUAACAAUAAGUGUAUAGACUGACGUGAGAGUUGUUGAGAAUACAUCUCCGAGGUCCAGUUUUUUGUCUCAGUAUUAGUUACAUUAUUUAUUUAUCACAUAAAUGUGGAGCAGUUUAUUUUUGUUUAUGUUAUCUACAUUACAGUGUGGAUAUUUCAGUGCACAAAAAUGUUGCUUUUUAUAUUAAGUGCUUGUGUUUCAGUUGAUAUAAGCUUAUAGGAAGCUUCCUAUUGAUAAUAGCAAGUGUAAACUGCCUUUGUGACAGUUAUGUCAAAGUGUUGGUCAAACUUAUAGUUGUACUCUAGAGGAACUAGAGGAGCAUAUGUGUACUUCAUCCCACCCUGCCACCUCACAAUUGUGAUAAAUUCAAGAAUUCCUGCCUUAGAUAUUCAAGAAUUAAAGCAAUAUUGUAUUUUCUAUCAUAAGUUUAGCACAAAAAUGUUAAAAAGAGACAUAGAAGGAAUCAGCCAGACAUAUUAUAUUUGUGUCAACUUUAAAUCAUUUAAAGGGAUGCUUCACCCACAUCUGUAGAACAGUGCAGUUUGGGUAUUAAUGUAAUAUUCUACCAUUUUCUUGGCUGCAGGGGAGCAACUCACAAAUUCUGUGUAAUGAAUUUAAUGAUAGUGUGUAUUAGGCACAAUAUUGCUUUACAAGAAUCGAAAGCUUUUUAUAUAAUUCCCUUUUUUUAUUAUGUAUAGUUACCAGCUCAGUUAUAAGAGUAUUUAUCUGAUUGUAACUUUUCCUAAGUUGUAUGAUACUGCACUUGUAUGUUUCAUAGGUGCAGAUUUGAUUUGUGUGAGAGCCAUGUAUGAGAGAAUGGGAGGAGUUUCAUUUGUAAAUGUCAUUAGAUUACUUUUUAAGCCAUCUGAGCAUUAUGUAAAAUAUUUAAUGACUAGAUUGUUGUUAUUAUUGCCAACCUGUGCCAUGCAUAAAAUGGCAUGAGCAAUAUCUCCUCCUUAUUAGUUUAUUUUUUAUAUCCUUUGGUAUAUAUUAUAGAAUUGUAGUAUAGUCUGUAGUCUCUUAGUCAAACCCAGGAGCUUGUCUAUAAUCAUCCUGUGGGAUAUAUCUGUGGAUUCUGAAGUUUUCUUGCCAUUCACUUGUCAGACAAAAAUUGUAAAUGCUCAGCCUUAUUCAUUCAGAUCUACAUUUCUUUUUAUCAAUAUGUUACUGACUUCCCUGCUUUGGCAACUGUAAUCUAUGCACACAUCAGUGUCAGAGAUCCAGUAGCAGUACUCAGAACAUCUGUGAAAUUGUUUCAAGUGUUCAGUGUGUGGAGGAGUUUUCUCCAGGUGGUUAGUUACUACUGUACUGAUGGGUAAUGUGGAGGAGAAAGGAAUGAGAAUUGAAAAAUAGGCUUGCUUGUAAUGUAAUAUUAACUGAGUGAGAUUAUGUGACUGACCAGUAGGUGGAUUUGUAUUGAAAAUUCACCCCAGAAAAAAAAAAGUGAUAAUAAUAAUGUACUAAUUUUGAUAUUAAUAUAGUGCAGAUCAGCUGUUGGGGUAUGUGGUUGAAUUAAUCCCUUUUUUUAACCAUUACACACCCCUGGAUAAAACUUGAUUAAGUGACCAGGUUGAGAUAUUGCACUACAGUACAUGCAAAGAUUUAAUAAAAUAUAUUCAGAUAUUCAUUAUGUAUAUUGCCAGUGAACCAGCAGUACUUGGGUCAGUGUCACUUGUGUGGUAGUCACAUUAUUUUACUUUGUCUGUUCUUACUAUUUUGAGAAUGCUUUACAUUAUGUUAUAUUAAGAAUUUGUUACAUUUUGAGAAAAUGGAAAGGAGGCAAGUUAUGAGGUAAUGAAGACCAUUUCAGUUAAGUGAUGUAGAUUUAGAACAUUGGAGACUAUUUGUGUAUAGUAUUGUGAUCUGCUUCUAGGAAAUGAGUCUUUGUUCAUAUUUAUUUUUUAGUUAUCAAAUUUCUAAUUUAGUUUAGAAUUAUAUUACAUUACAACACUAUUUUAAUACAUCUUGAAGUGUUCUACACUUGAUGUAUAUUCAUAAUUUGGUUGGACUUGACUUAUCCAUGUUUAUAUCAGGCCCAUCCCUGCAUGAGCUUUAUGGUUGGUGCAAACAUCUUGAAAAGAAGACCUGUUCUUCUACAGGAUUACUUCUGUCUCUUAAAUAUUAAUAUAUAGCAAGAAAGAGUGAACACGAGGAAGUGGGGUAAUACUUUGAGUGUAUUAAGCGUGUUGAUGACAAGAUUCUUUAGUUGAUAUUUAAGUUCAUCUUUUCUGAAUAUUGUAUGUAGAAGUGGUGUACACUAAGUAUGAGCAAGUAUGUGUGGGAUAUUCUGCCAUUUGUCUUAGCAUUCGUUUAUUGCUUUUUGUGCAUAUUGCACAAAUUUUCAGAGUUUGCCCCCUUUCACUGAGGGUUCUUUACUCCUGGAUCCACUCCACACAAAAAUAGGAGAGGAGUAAAGAUAAUACAUAGCAUGUUAGGUAUAAACAAAGAAACAUUAAGCACAUUGAUAAUGAGAUUCACUGGUUAUUUUCACUUCCAACAUUGUAGAAUAUUCAGAAGCAUUUUACACUCCUUUAUCAUUUUUCUGCUUUAUAAAGUUCAGUAUGUAAUACUCUGUUACCCCGAAUUUGCAGGCCAGAAAUGUUAUUACAAUGAAAAUAGCUUGUAUUUCCUUAAUAUUCACACCAUAUUGGUGUGGUCAGAGAAUACUGUACUGUACUGCACGAACAAGUUAAAUACAUGACUGUUGAAGUGAUAUAUAUGUAUAAAUAUGACAGUAUAACUGAGAGCACAGUCAGGAGACCAGUGUAAUGUGCUUACUAAGCCUUUGGGUGGGAACUAAUCUGACAUAAAAUUUACCUCCAUUGCGACCAGUGCUCUUAAAACGGGAGAUUAAAAGCAGCAGUUACUUUUUAAAGUAGUGUCUAAUAAGUUGUGGCAUCACACUAGCAGGUACACAUACCUCCUUGGUAGGUGUCAGGUCAGCUUUAUUCAAUUUCAGGUAAUGUGUCCUUACCUCUCAGCUAUCCAUUGGGAAGGUAUGUGAGUUGCCUGGCUGUGAGAUCGGUUAUAAAAUUGGGUUUCAGGAUCAAUCCUCUGCAUACAGUAAAAACUAACUAGAGCAUGAUUGUUUUAAUAUUGAUCAUCUCAAGCACAGCCUUGUCAUAUGAGACAUUUAUUUUAUUAAUCACAGCAAAGCUUAAUGCAUUACAAGUAACAUCAUAGGCCCCCAAGUGCCAAGCAAGUGAGACUGUCCCUCAGUUAUCACUUUUUUAACCUUGAAAAAUAUAUAUGAUUCUCAGGUUUAAAAUGCUUUUUUGUAAACCUCCAAGUGGCCCUGAUAUGCUGCAUGAAUACUUUUGAAAUCACCUUCAAACCAUAAGGAAGAGAUUUGAAAAUGAAAAAAUUCUUUCCCAGCUUGAAGGUUAGGACUUUCCUGAUACCCGUAUGAAUAUGAACAUGCCAGUUGGCAUCAUUUGAAUUAAAAUAAGUUGGUCAAAGGUCUUUUCUAAGGCUCUACCUGACCUGUUGAACAGUAGUCUUCCUAAUCCAAAAAUAUGGAAUGAACUUAUUCAGACAUUUAAUUUGAUAAUGAUUUUUUUUGCCUCCUGAACCUUCGGGCACAUCCUAGACACAAAUGGACUCAAACCUGAUCUCGAUAGCAUUUGAAACAUAAGUUAAGAAACUUUGAAUUCUGCUUGACCAGGACACAGGUACAAGAGAUGCAUCCAUUCUAAUUUAUUUUAAUGACUUUAAAACUCAAGUACUGUAUCUUGAACCAAAAGUUUUGAAAAAAGACAGGUAGCCAUCCACUAAGAGAUUGUAUGAUAACUAGACAUUCUGAUUGAACACCUAUAAUGGGAAGUUCUGAUUCAUGCUUUCUCCCUCAAUCAUGGGGGAGAUGUAAAGACAGGUCCACUUAAACUUUUUACUAGGAAAGGAGUAAAAGGGUAAAGAUAGACAAAUUAGUGAGUCACUCCUAUUUGCCAAUGCUUAAGAGGACCACUUUACCCCUGGAUUGACUGAAGGAGCUCUUCUCAUAAAAGAAAGGAAUGGUUGUGAGAGUUGUUCUGUGGUGAAAGACACUGAGAGCACCAGAUGUCCUCAAAACACCAUUUUCUGUGUAACCAGAACACAUCUCAUCUUGUUGAAAAUCUUCAGUGUUAAAAUAUUGACAGCAUGGGUAAUUACUCUCUGUCUUCCCUGAAAAGACAGCUUCAUACACCAAGGUAAGAAUCCUUGACAGAAAAAUAAAGGUACGAGCAACCCUAGGUUUAAUAUUGUAUGUCUCUAGAGUGAGUACAUCCACUGACCUACAGCUGCUAAUUUUAUGCAGCAGAAAUGAAGUAGAGUGUGGCAGGAAAACUAUCAUAGCAAGCAAGCUGUGUAUGCAGUACAGUACUGUAGUUGAUUUUCAUGAGGAGUAUUAAUAUUGCCUCUUGGGCGAUCUUAUGGUUUUAAGAAAUUCAAAAGGUGUUUAGUGUUACCUCCCUAUUCUGAGCUAACACUAGAGGGAGAUUUGUACCCCAAGUCAUUCUCUGGGAGGAUCGUUCUUCAACCAUUUCACUUGCUGAUCGAACCAAAUCUAUCUAACUGGCAAGCAGAUAUCAGUGAGAGUUCACUUUUGUUCUGUGAUGAAAGAUCACAAGGAACUCUGUUUAUUUGCAAUGGACAUAAAUCUGAUGAACACUGGCCCUUGCCAGGAAAUAUUUAUUAAGAACAAGGUUCAAACACUUGGUAAAACAAUAUUUUUAAAAAGCUGGACUGAGGCAUGUGAAAUCAGAUUCCACCUUGGCACAGACAGAAAAUAAAAGCUGGUUCUUACUGCAAUGCUGGUUCAAACUUAUUAUGGAAUAUGGCAAGUCCAACUUUACCAUUAAAGCAACACUAAGAACUUAUUAGCCUGGAGUGCAAACUCCAAAAAUGCAAAUUGUUAAGAGACAGAGUAAACUUGGUCUACAAACAAGAAACAAUGGAAACAGGAUUUACUCAUAUAUACAUGGCAGGCAGUGGUUAAGAAGUGAGGAUUGACAUUUGAAUUUUUAGUCGUGGUGACUUGACAGAUAAUGGAAACUGUGUGACCAUGCCAGUGUGACAUGGUGACUCGUUACCUCCUAAUUUAAAUGGUAACUUGGUUUUAAUCUUCCUCUUUAAGGACAAAGGUUGCAACAAAUUUCCCAGCACCUCUGUCAAGGAUCUUCUACCCUAGAGCAUAGUGAAUGUAUUACACAUCUAAGAUGUCUUUUUUUUUUAUAGUUUUGAGUUUUGUUAAUUUUAAGAAGUGGUACACACAUACUCAUUCACCAUAUUUCUAUCAUUUAAACUUAAUAGAAUACCAUUCAGAACACACUUUUCAAGAACUGAACUGAAAUUGUUUGUGUAUAUUCAUGAAAAUAUUACUCAAAAGAUAUGUUAUAGCAAUAGAACACAAUAAUAUAAGAAUGUGGAGAGAGAGAAGGUACAGUUCAGUACUGGUUAAGAGAGAUUUUAAAGCCAGUAAGAAAUCUUAUACAUACCUAUAUAAAGUCUGGAUUUCAUUCACAGUUUUGCACAAUAUAACUACAGUACUGUAACUGGGACCCAAACAACUGCUCAAAUUAGCUCAUAAUUCAUUGAUCAAAUAAAUCAUGGAAAUGAGA